ACCCUGUUCUAGGUUUGAGGAGUUCUAGGCCUGUCUAGCACCUAGAUGCUAAUCCCCGCUCUGCCGUUUGCCGAGGGGACCGUGGCAGGAGUCACAUCAGGGGGCGCCCGCAGCCACUUCCGUAGGGGUCAGAGCCGCCUUUGCUUAUAAAAAUGAAGAUCCCCGAAGAAGUUAAACCCCAAAUUCAGCCCAUUGCACGAUUUUGAUGGCCUAAUUGACACCAUGAAGGUCUUCUGUGGACGGGCAAACCCAACAACAGGCUCAGUCGAGUGGCUGGAGGAAGAUGAGCACUAUGAUUAUCACCAAGAGAUUGCAAGAUCAUCAUAUGCAGACAUGCUGCAUGAUAAAGACAGAAAUGUAAAGUAUUAUCAGGGCAUUCGAGCUGCUGUGAGGAGGGUGAAAGAAAGAGGAGAGCCGGCAAUAGUUCUGGACAUAGGAACAGGCACAGGACUUCUGUCAAUGAUGGCAGUUAGCGCUGGGGCUGACUUCUGCUAUGCUGUGGAGGUUUUCAAACCUAUGGCUGAUGCUGCUGUGAAGAUUGUGGAGAAAAAUGGCUUCAGUGAUAAGAUUAAAAUCAUUAAUAAACAUUCUACUGAAGUCACUGUGGGGCCAGAUGGUGACAUGCAAUGCUAUGCAAACAUCCUGGUCACUGAACUGUUCGAUACAGAGCUAAUAGGUGAAGGUGCCUUGCCCUCUUAUGAGCACGCCCAUAAGAAUCUUGUGGAGGAGAACUGCGAGGCGGUGCCCCACAAGGCCACGGUGUAUGCCCAGCUGGUGGAGUCCCGGAGGAUGUGGUCCUGGAACAAGCUGUUUCCGCUUCUGGUCCAGACUGAGAUGGCGCAGAAACUGAUCGUGGCCCCUGCCGAGAUGGAAAGCUGCCCGGGGGCUCCAUCCGUCUAUGACAUUCAGCUGAACCAGAUGCCGCUGAGUGACUUCACGGUCUUGAGCGAUGUCCUGACGAUGUUUAGUGUGGACUUUAGCAAGCAAGUGAAUAGCUCACCAACACAUCACACGAUGCAGUUUGAGCCUCGAGAGUCUGGCAGAGCACAGGUGGUCCUCUCAUGGUGGGAUAUUGAUAUGGAUCCUGAUGGCAAAAUAAAAUGCAGUAUGGCACCUUACUGGGUGCACUCUGACCCUAAAAAUAUCCAGUGGCGAGAUCAUUGGAUGCAGUGUGUCUAUUUUCUGCCAAAUGAGGAGCCAGUGGUCCAGGGUGAAUCCCUCUAUUUGACUGCUCACCGUGAUGAUUAUUGUGUGUGGUACAACCUUCAUAAAACCAGGAAUGAAAAAAGUAAGAAUAAUUUUCAUGAAGAGCGUCCCGUCUGUGAAUGUCAGGCUCAUUUGCUCUGGAACCGGCCUCGGUUUGGAGAACUGAAUGACCAUAAGAGAACAGAACAAUACAUCCAAGCACUGAAGAAGGUAUUGAAAGCAGAUAGCGUUUGUCUCUGCAUCAGUGAUGGCAGCUUGCUUCCAAUAUUGGCUCAUUGUGUAGGGGCAGAACAGGUAUUCACAUUAGAGAACUCAGCAGUGUCACAUCGACUGAUGAAAAAAAUUUUUAAGGCUAAUGGUCUGGAGGAUACAAUUACUAUAAUAGAGAAGCGUCCUGAAUUACUCACCUCUGCAGAUUUGGGUGAUAGAAAGAUCUCUGUUCUUCUUGGAGAACCUUUUUUCACAACAAGUCUAUUACCAUGGCACAAUCUAUACUUUUGGUAUGCAAGGACAGCUGUGAUUGAACAUCUUGCUAACAAUAUCACGGUGUUGCCACAAGCUGCCUCCUUGCACAUGGUGGUUGUAGAGUUCAAGGAUCUUUGGAGAAUCCGAAGCCCAUGUGGUAACUGUGAAGGCUUUGAUGUUCACAUUAUGGAUGAUAUGAUUAAGCACUCUCUAGACUUCAGGGAAGCCCGGGAAGCAGAGCCUCACCCUCUCUGGGAGUACUCAAGCAGAUGCUUGUCGGAGCCCCAGCAGGUCCUGAUGUUUGAUUUCCAAAAGCCUGUCCCUGAGCAGCCACUUAUUGCUGAAGGUUCCAUCUCCCUGCAGAGGCCUGGAAGGAGCCAUGGAGUGGUCCUAUGGAUGGAGUACCACUUGACUGCCGAGAGCUCGCUCAGUACCGGACUCAUCCAGAUGCCGGAGGCCCAGGGCGAGUGUUCCUGGAAUCCUCAUUGUAAACAGGCUGUUUAUUUCCUUAAUUCUACUUUGGAAGCAAAAACUCAAGACAGCCCCCAAUCUGUCACCUAUUCCCUUGAGUUUAACCCAAAGGUGGGUGAUAUUUCCAUGGAUUUCAGGCUUGUAAGCUAAAAUUGCUGCAGUUUUAAAGAAAUAAAGUAGCAUAAGAGCUGU